AUUGUCUCAUUGUCUCAAUUAAAUUACUAAUUACAAAUUUUAAAUUAAACACACCAUCAUCUUUCUAAUUUCUCCUCUUCUUAUUCUUACAUCAAUUCAAGAUCAAAAUCCUAAAACACACAAAAUACUUGCACUAACAUUAUUAUUAUUAUUAUUAUUAUUAUUAUUAUUAUUAUUAUGUCUAAUUUCGACGACGAUCCAUCGGACCACCUCUUCGACUGGUUCGGAGACUCCGCCGUAUCAUAUCUUCCCACCUUCUUCCUCGACGACGACACCGCCGACCACGGCGCCGCCGCCGCCGUCGACACCGGCGCCGCCACUAAUUCGUGGUGGGCUUAUCCGCAGAAUCUUGAACAAGAACUUAUGAUCGACGCUAAUUCUUUUGCUACGGACGUUUCCCUCGCAACAACUCACACUAAUUCUUCCAACAAAAGAAAAUCAUGCGACGACAAAACCCCUCCCAGAAAACCUCCGCCCAACAAGAGAGGCGCCGCCAAGUCCGGCGGCGGCGGCAGCGGCCGGUGGGCGGAGCAGCUCCUCAACCCCUGCGCCGCGGCGAUCGCCGCAAGGAAUCCGUCGCGGGUACAGCACUUUUUGUAUGUCCUCCACGACCUCUCCUCCCUCAACGGCGACGCUAACCAUCGAUUGGCUUUUCACGGCCUCCAGGCGCUGACCCACCACCUCUCCGGCGGCGGCGCCGCCGCCGGAAACACGUUUUCUUCCAGCAACGCGAAAUUUUUCCGGGAUUCUUUGAUUAAAUUUAACGAUAUAAGCCCGUGGUUCAGAAUCCCUAACAACGUUGCCAACACUUCGAUUCUUCAGAUUCUUGACGAGCAAAAUCAGCAGACGAAUCUGCACAUUCUCGACAUCGGAGUCUCCCAUGGCGUCCAGUGGCCGACUCUGUUAGAAGAAUUGACUCGCCGGACGGGAGGGCCGCCGCCGUUGGUCCGCCUGACGGUGGUGGCGCCUCCCGCCGGAGAUAGCCCCUUUGCUGAUGGACCUCCGAACUAUGAUUUCUCCCCGAAGCUCCUGGUCUUCGCUAAGGAGAUGAACAUAAACCUGCAGAUUAACAAGCUCCAAGACUUCCAGCUCCGGGACCUCAGCUCCGAAUCCAUUGGGUCCACUUCCGGCGAGGCGCUGGUCGUCUGCGCGCAGUUCCGGCUGCACAAUCUCAACCACGGCGGCGCACCGGACGACCGGUCGGAGUUCUUACGAGUUCUGAAAACCCUCCGGCCGAAAGGUGUGAUUUUGAGCGAGAAUAAUACGGAGUGCAGCUGCAACAGCUGCGGGAAUUUUCCGACGGGGUUUUCGAGGAGGGUGGAGCAGCUAUGGCGGUUUCUGGAGUCGACGAGCGCGGCGUACAAAGGGCGGGAGAGCGAUGAGAGGAGGAUGAUGGAGGCGGAGGCGGCGAAGGUUCUGGUGAACGGCAGCGAGAUGAAUGAGAGGAAGGAGAAAUGGUGCGAGAGGAUGAGAGGGGCGGGGUUCAGAGGAGAGCCUUUUGGGGAGGACACCAUUGAUGGAGCUAAAGCUCUGCUGAAAAAGUACGACAGUAAUUGGGAGAUCAGAGGGGAAGAUCAGAGCGGCAAUGGCUGUGUCGUCGGGCUAUGGUGGAAAGGUCAGCCUGUGUCGUUUUGCUCGCUCUGGAAGGUCGACGAGACCGCCGGCGCCGGCGCCGACUGCCAUUUGUAUGAGUGAAUGAAGCUGUUACAGUGCUUUUCUGUAGCUUCAAUUUGAUGCUGCUGAUUGGUCGUGAGGAAGACGACGAUGAUUAAUGGGCCUCGGGCUCAAUUUGGUUGGGCCGGGCCGUAAUUUAAGGUUUUUAUUUUUUA